AUGGGCACUGGCUCCUCUGCUCUCGGUCAGAAUCAGCAGCUGACAGAGCACUGGCGCUUCCUCAGAAAAACCUCAGCACAGAGGCUCUGCCCUGGAGGCCAGAGGGAAAGGAGAGUGACAUCUAUCUCCCUGUUCGGCCAGACCUUUGGGGAGACAGAGUCCCUGAAAGUCAGGACUCCUGGGUCUCCAUGUGUGGUGUCCAUGACCCACAGGGGCACUCUGCCCCAGUGCCUUAAUUUUCCAGCCCAUACAAUGGGUCUCAGGGAUCUUGGCGGGAGGUGGGGAGAGGAUUAUAAGGUAUCGGGGGUUUGGGAAUAA